AUGGCAGACGUAGAAUCGGGUGGUCUUAGUGGGGAAACCAAAGCGUUCUCUCUAAACUUGGUAGUGCGGACCGUGUACCACGCUGUAUAUUUUGUCGGUGACAACUUUGUGUUGGCCUGGGGGCUGUACAUCUGGUACCACAUUGGGGAACGUGACCUGGAGCACCCGUUACUGCACAAUCUUAAAUAUUUGGCGCCGGCCUUCUUCACCAACUGGAAUUUUGUAAGUUUUGAGCUGGAUAUAUUUUAUUAG